AAGAAUCUUAAAGUUACACGGAUCUAAGAUCGACAAAUCCCACAUGCAUGGCCUAUCCGCGCAGGAUAAAUCUUCACUGCCGAACUGGGACGGGUCCGGGUUGGCAGGGGAUAUAUCUUGGCAAAGCGACCUAGGAGAACUAUACUACCCUAGAUGUAUGCUACGUAGCCAAUGAACGGUCGAAUACAAGCUGCCGAUAUAGAAUGCUAUUGGGGUAACCUAUAUAGUUGAUAGUAUUCCCAAGCUUGGUUGUGGAGGUUUGCACUAGGCAGAUCCAUGACACCAUGUGGGAAUAAAAAGCCUUUGGCGUGUGUCCCCAUCUGUAUCUCCCGAACAGGCGCUUUCGUUUAGGAAGAGUGUAUAAGGGUAAAUUUCGCGUCUAUUCUAUUUUAGCUCGUAAUGGCAAAUGUGCGAUUAGCAGAUAAAGAGGUACCUAAGGUGGAAGGGGGAGAAUAGCUUUGCUCGGUCUCGGAGAUAUACCAUGUAGCUAUUUCUAGCAAUAUCCGGAGAACUUCACCGUCAUCGAUAUUCGAUUUGUAAGAGAUCAGACCUUUUGUUACCGGAACAUACCUACCUAAUAUAUACCUCCUUUUUUGCUGGACUCUGUAUUUAAGGUACCUACCUAGGUUGUUUAGGACAUUAUAUAUAGUAAGACGCGAAAAUGUCCUUCCCGUAUAAAACCGUCCUCUUAGUCGGUGCCACGGCCGGCAUUGGCCUGGCGAUGGCGGAGCGCAUGAUCGAGAACGGCAUUUUCGUCAUCGGUGUCGGUCGUCGGAAGGAAAGGCUCGACGCGUUCGUAGCCAAGCACGAGCCCGAAAAAGCCGCAGGGUCGCAAUUCGAUAUUACCGAAUUUGACAAGAUCGAGGCAUGGGCUAAAGACAUCACUACCAAAUACCCCGACAUCGACGCCGUGUUCCUCAACUCGGGCAUCCAGCGCACGCUGGACUUCACCAAGCCCAAGGAGAUCGACCUGCCCCGCACGAUGCAGGAGCUCGGCACGAACUACACGUCGUACCUGUACCUGAUGACGCAUCUGCUCCCGCACCUGCAAGCGCGCGCGCCCCAGCCCGCGGCCCUGAUCGCCGUGACCUCGGGGCUCGCGCAGGUGCCGCUUCCGCGGUGCGGGAACUACUGCGCGACGAAGGCGGCGCUGCACUCGCUGCUGUGGUCGAUCCGCGCGCAGCUCUCGCACGACGAGGCCAGCAAGCACAUCCGGGUGGUGGAGAUCCUGCCGCCGGCCGUCAAGACGGAGCUGCACUCGCAGCAGGCGGAGCUCGUGGCCAUCGGGGAGGGGGACAUCGGGAUCCCGCUCGAGCAGUUCACCGACGAGGCCUGGGAGGGGUUGGUCAGGGGCGACGAGGAGAUCCCCGUCGGCCAGAUCAAAGAGCGGUUCGAGGCGAUCGAGGGUCCGAAGAGGGGGCCGUUUAAGAAGAUUGUGGAGAUAUUCAUGGAGAAGAAGUGACUAUUAAGGGGGAGGUUGUGAGGACCGUAGCUGGGUGUUUAUAGCGAGCGACUGCUCUUUUCGUUUCUUGUUCGAAUCGGGUAUCACGUAAGGGAUACAAGAUUCCAGCUAGAUAUUAAGAUGCAACCUAGACGUAGCUGUCCAACAAUGGAGACAAUAGAUUCUGUUAAGUCGGCAGUCAAUAUUUGGUGUAAGAUAAAAAACUUUAGGGUUUGACUCUAACCAUACUAAACCAUAUCUAUAUUAUUAUGGCUCCAAAAAAAAAAAAAAAUCACACGCUUUGGGUUAUUAUAAUAUCGGAGCCGUGUAUCUCGGGGUUUACAUACAACAUUUCUAAAUUGGUAGAUGGCGC